CAAACAAUUUAUUUUCGCCGCCCGCCAUAGCUCUUGUUUUGUUUUCGUCCGUGAAAUAUCGAAAAUACAUCUCAAUUUAUCUAGUGAAUCUUUUAUAUAUCCAGAAAUAUUUGAAGAAAUUAUAGUUUUUUAUCAGUAAACAUGUCUAUCGGUGUGCCUAUUAAAGUACUGCACGAAGCGGAAGGUCAUGUAGUAACCUGUGAAACAAAUACCGGCGAAGUGUACCGCGGAAAGCUUAUUGAAGCCGAAGAUAAUAUGAACUGCCAAAUGACUCAAGUAACUGUUACGUACAGAGACGGGCGCGUCGCUCAACUGGAAAAUGUUUACAUUAGAGGGUCAAAGAUCAGGUUCCUUAUAUUACCUGACAUGUUAAAAAAUGCACCAAUGUUUAAACGACAAGGGAACAAGCCGACAGCGGGACGGGGGAAAAGUGCUAUAUUGCGAGCACAAGCUGCUGGGCGGGGUCGGCCGGGCGGCCGCGGCGGGGGGCACCGCGGCGGCUGGCAGGGCGGCUCCGGACCGUCCAGGCGUUAGCCAACACUCUCUUAAAAUUAGUCUGUGUUGGAGUACAUGAACUGGUUGGUAUCAUGUACUCGAACACGAUUUCUUAAAUUUAGGUACAGCUGGUUACAAAUAAGUAAUUUUAAAGCCUCUUUAAUU